ACCAAUUCACACGCACGACACUCUGUCUCUGUUUCUCUCUGUUUUUAUAUCCCAAAUUCACAAUUAAACAGAGACGAAAAGAAACAAAAAGAAAAAGAACGCGAGACAGAGAGGAAACCACAAAAAACUUGAAGAACCAACCAUGGGGAAAUCGGAAUCGGCUAAAGAAUGCAAGAGGCACCCAAAUCAUAAUCUCUUACCCGGAAUUUGCCCUUCCUGUCUUCGUGAAAAGCUUCAACAAUUUCAUCAAUCUCCAGUUUGCUCCGAUUCUCAUUCAACCUUUUUUUCUUCUUCUUCUUCUCCUUCCUCUGAUUUUUUCUUCUCCGCCGAUUCCUCUCACCGUCGCCGCCGCCAGCACCACCGUAGGAACGCCUCCGAGUUCGUCACUGGGUCGAUGACGGCAGAUUUGUUUGGGGACAAGAUGAAGAAGAGCGGCUCCAUUAGGAUCUCGGCCGAUGGCGGCGCCGGCGCCAAAGGAGGAGGAGGAAAGAAGAAACUUGGGUUUUGGUCCAGAUUGUUGGAUCUUCUCUUGUAUCAUGAAAAACCAAAAGGCAAGCUACAGUUUCAUGAUCCUCGACAAACGCAGAGUCCAGGGCACUUGCUAGUGUUUCUAGUGAGAUUACUUGGCUUGUCCAUCUCCUUGAUGAUUUACAAAUUCCUUUUUAAGCUCUAGUUGUACUUUACUAUGAUAACCAAGCUGUUAUUUCUAUUGCUUCUAAUCCUAUAUUUCAUGAGCAUUCUAAACACAUUAAGAUUGAUUGUUAUUUCGUUCGGGACAAGAUUCAAUAAGGACA